AUGAUCACGAUCAACAACGCGACAGCAUUCAAAUUGUACGUACGCAAACUCCUCCGGAACGCCACAUUCAACGUCUCCGACGCCGAGAUCAAGAGGAUCAUGGACUACAACAACAUCACCGACGAGGCCGACGCCCCCUCCGAGUCCAGCUGCGGGGGCGCCAAUCUGGAAAACCUGGUGGCCACCUACGCCGAGUACUACCACCCCUACCUCUCAAUUUCCGUGUGCGUGUUCGGUACCGUCGCUAACAUACUGAACAUUGUGGUGUUGACCAGAAAGGACAUGGUCAGUGCCCCCAUAAACAGGAUCCUGACCGCCUUGGCGGUUGCCGAUAUGUUGCUGAUGAUCGAGUACAUUCCCUUCGCGUAUUACUACCACUUGGAGUUGCUGGGCAAGAGGGACUUCCCCUACUACGGGGCUGUGUUUAUGCUGAUGCACACCCACGUGACGCAGAUCUUGCAUACUAUUUCUGUCUGUUUAACGCUGACCUUGGCGGUGUGGAGGUACCUGGCUAUUGGAUACCCAGAGAAGAACCACAUCCUUUGCUCGGACCGUCGCUGCACCUUCGCCAUAACCGUCUGCUACAUACUCCCCAUCCUCCUCUGCUUCCCCAGCUACAGCAUGUUCGAGAUAACCACGACGGAGAUAACAGAGAACGGUCAGAACUACACCCUCUACCACACCACUCUCAGAGAGAACGUCAAGAGGGACAAAACUCUACUGAAAAUAAACUUUUGGAUGUUCGCCGUCUUCAUCAAGCUGCUACCGUGCAUUAUCCUCACUAUAAUCAGCUGUUGGUUGAUAAGAACCCUCUUCAAAGCUAAAAAAAGGAAGCAGGUGCUCCGCGGAUACGACUCCUACCCGCUGACGACCAACGGUAAAGACGCAAAGAGGAAGGUGUCCAAAGCUGAAAGACGGGCGGACAGAACGACUAAGAUGCUGAUCGCAGUGCUCCUGCUCUUCCUCCUCACGGAGUUCCCUCAAGGUAUUUUCGCCUUCUUCAUAGGCCUCAAGGGUAAGGACCUCUUCCUGGUAUGCUAUCAGCAGUAUGGGGAAAUUAUGGAUAUAAUGGCGUUGCUGAAUGGUUCCAUCAACUUUAUUCUGUACUGCUGCAUGAACAGGAUGUUCAGAGCUACCUUCGGUCAAUUAUUUAAGCACAAAAUCCUGGCCAAGUGGGCCAAUGCUCCUCCGUCAGAAAUUCACACUACGACGUUACCAAAUGGAACGAAUACUACCACUUUGUAAGAUUAUUAGAACACUG